AUGACAGAUAAUAAAAUAAUAGAAGAUAGUAGUAGUAGUAAUAAUACAACUACUACAUAUACGACGACGACGACGACGACGACAACAACAAACAAUAUAACAAACAACAAUGAUGAUAUUGUUGAUCAAUCAUUAGAUAAUUUAAUAGAUAAUAAUAAUAAUUCAUAUAAUAUCAACAAUAUAGUUAAAGAUCGAAACUAUCUAUUCGAAUGUAUAUAUAUAAACAAUGAUGUCAGAGAAUACAAGGUUAGGAGAAAGAGAGGAUCGGUUAUAUAUACAUUUGACUAUGUUCUCUUGGUGAUGUUGGUCAUUUGUUCACUCUAUCACUAUCAUUACUCUUAUCAACCUUUUAAAUCCUUUUCAAUGUUACUCUUGAUUGUUGUAAUAGCAACAAGAUUUUUUUUAAAGUUAAUGAUUACUCAAGAAGAAUCAAUGGUAAUAAUGAGAGAACUUGGUGUACAAUUAACAAGAAAAUAUUAUUUAAAGUUUUUUAACAAGGUGGAAUUUAUCGACAAGACAAAGAUACAAUCGAUUGUGAUCAAUGAAGGUAUAUCAAGAUACAGCGUUACAUUUUACAUGGCAUUUAUAGUUGAAGGCAAAUCAAAGAUGAUUUUGGCAUUUGAAGAUCUUAUACCUCGUAUCAAUAUUCUAUUAAAGGUUUAUCGUGGAACUAGAUCUUUAAUUUAUGGUGAAAGUGAAGAAUAA